AAGCUCUUAGAAACAAUUUUGAGGGCUGUUAGAGAGAAAACCAAGUGGAAUUUAUCACCUCUUGUGUAAUAAUACACACAGUCAACACGUAAGGUCAACAGCGCGCCCUGGUGAGGGCGGACAGGACCGUGGGGACCGAAGCUGUCAGUAAUCGGCUGAUUGCAUCAAAAAUCUGGACUGACCACAAUAACAGGGGACCAGACUCUCUUGUCCGUCAAAGUAGGACUUUCAUCUCAAAUGCAUGUUAACUUUGAAAACUUCUGCACGUGUCAUUCCAUAUAUUGGAUUCUUGGGACUUUUUGGCAUCUUUACGCACGCCUGCGCUGUGCCCCGUGGCUGUCACACACUCAUUGAUGUGACUGUGUGAGAAAGUUUCAACCCGGGCCAUGCUGCAGUGACUUCUGCCUUUGGGACUUGAUCAAGUUGUAAACAGCAGGAGGCGAAGAAGGAUGCUUGGAAAAUAUUUAUAACGCACCGGGCGGAGAAGUCUUUUACGUGUCACUUGAUCGAGGACAGUAAAUCACAGGGAGACAAGUGGGCUGCAGAGGUGAAGCGAGGACAAGACAGGUUGGUGUCUCCUGUUUCAGCCGCCCCGGGGGCUCCUGGUAUUAAAGCGUGCAUUUGACCUGGGAUAAGUUGUCAACAAGAGCAGCGAGCGAAGGCAAACUGGCAGGUGUACAAAUUCAUUUACAUGCAUACGUAUAUUCACGCCACUAUAUAUAGAAGUUGUCUUAGAGCCGAGCAACCUUAAUAAGUUUCUCCACCCACCCACCGGCCCUGCAGCAGCUCUGUGCACCGGGCGUGUGCGCGUGUCUAUAUAUACACCAUACAGGCUCUUCGCAAUCUGUAUCCGAGAGGGCUGCCCGCCGUCGGUUUGGCUGUGAGGGCAGGAGUCGUCGCAUGGACUGACAUGGCCACCGACCUCGCCAUGAGCGCAGAGCUGCCAAACAGCCCCCUGGCAAUCGAGUACGUCAACGACUUUGACCUUAUGAAGUUUGAGGUGAAGAAGGAGCCGCCGGAGGCCGACCGCUACUGCCACCGCCUCCCGUCCGGCUCCCUGUCCUCCACCCCGAUCAGCACACCCUGCUCCUCCGUGCCUUCCUCGCCGAGCUUCUGCGCCCCAAGCCCGGGCGCGCAGCCCGCCCAGAGCCUCACCAGCGGGGUCAACAGCAGCAGCAGCAGCGGCAGCAGCAACAACAGCAACAACAAUCACAGCAACGCGGGGAAGCCUCAGCUGGAGGACCUGUAUUGGAUCCCCAGCUACCAGCACCACAUCAACCCGGAGGCGCUUAACUUGACCCCGGAGGACGCGGUGGAGGCCCUCAUCGGCAACGCGCACCACCAUCACCACCACCACCAGGCCUACGAGGGCUUCCGCGGGCAGCAGUACGUCGGAGAGGACCUGUCCGCGGCCUCGGCGGCGCACCACCACCAGGGCCACCACCACCACCAUCACCACCACCACGGCCACCACACCCGCCUGGAGGACCGCUUCUCGGACGAGCAGCUGGUCAGCAUGACGGUGCGAGAGCUCAACCGGCAGCUGCGGGGCUUCAGCAAGGAGGAGGUGAUCCGCCUCAAGCAGAAGAGACGCACCCUGAAGAACCGGGGCUACGCGCAGUCCUGCCGCUUCAAACGCGUCCAGCAAAGGCACAUGCUGGAGACCGAGAAGUGCACCCUGCAGAGCCAGGUGGAGCAGCUGAAGCAGGACGUGGUGCGCCUCGCCAAGGAGAGGGAUCUUUACAAGGAGAAGUACGAGAAGCUGGCCAGCCGGACCUACUCUGCCGGUGGAGCCGCGAACACGAGAGAUCCGCCCGGGAAACAGGCCGAGUUCUUCAUGUGAGAGACUGAUUCUUUGUAGCAUAGACUCCGAAUAACAACCCCAAACACCCCCUUGUUACAUUAAUUUAUAUUUUUCUGUAUUUUGUUUACAGUUAUUCCCUCGACAAAGUAAACAAAUACGCAUUAGAGCGCACAAACGUAAUCCUUGUGCGCAUUUUUUUGAGUCUUAAAGAUGGCUAAACUUCUGUAAAGCUCACUGCAACCUGUCAGGUGGGCUCAUGGGAUCACUUAGACUUUUCUCUGGUGCAACUGGUCAGAAGUCUUAUUCAUUCAACCAAUCACGUCGCAUUUAACAUGACUGUCUUAAAUCAGAAAGAGGGAUGUUUUUUUUUUUUUGUCUUAAAACUUGGGGAUAGAAUGUUUUUUUAAGAAUCAGAUUGGACUGAAAUGAAGCAGAAAAAGCAAUACGCCGCCUCUCCUCCGGCUCCAGAAAGCUCAUCAGACUGUUUGUGUGAACGCGAGGCGGUCUGUGAUGCGGAGAAGAGACCUUUUCAAUAUUGCAAGUCUAUAGUUUCCCAUCCCUAUUUGCAACCCUGCAUGCAGGACAUGUAUGGUAACUCAUCUCCCAGAAUCCUUCCACAUGUAUGGAAAGCAUGGCCCAUGGUUCUCUCCUCCUCUAACGCUUCUCCUUCUCCUCCUCCCUCCUCUUCCUCCUCUGCCAUCAGCAAGGCCUGGGUAUGCAAACACAAAUGCCCCCCACCCCCACCCCCCCGAGAGAGGUGCAAGAACUGCGGACAAAAAUGCAAUCUGCAACUGCGUAAAAAAAUGGAUGCGUCUUUAACUGCUAUUUUCAAUCAAUUUUUCUAUUGUUUUAAAAAGAAAAGAAAAACGACAAAAAGAGAUUAACUGAGCCAGAUUUUAGACUGUAUUUAUUUCCACCUGUACAUAAUGUGUAGAGAAAAAAAAACAAACAAACAGUUAACUGUGUUAUUUUACCUUUUUUCCUCUUUUUAAAGAGCUUUUGUUGCUUGGAUUAUUCGAAAUGUCUUAAUACAAAUGUUUGUAUGUUACAGCAUGCAAAUCGUCUAUGGUAUCCUCCUCCUCCUUCUGAACAUGUGUAAUGUCAAAGGCAAGCCUAUACUGCACUAAGAAGAGAUCAAACUGGACAAACCUUUUGUUUUCUAUCAAUAGGACCUUUGAUCUGUUACUCUCCAAAAUCCUGGAUGUAAAUUUAAUGAGGCGAAAGCUUCGUUUAUUGGAUGGACAAGGACUGCAUUCGCUGCUAAAACUCUAUGCACCAACCUGAUGAUUAAAAUAGUUUAAUUUUUGUUUUUUACUUAAUUUGUAGACGAGAAUUUUUUUAGGGCCUGCGGGUUUAUUCUGCAGCCCCGGUGUCUUAAUAAAAAGAUCUUGUGUCUGAUAGGAGGAUGCUUGAUUGUUUGAAAAGAGGAGACUUUGCCUGUGGUAGAGCUUACUGUUCUUGGAGUAACUCGAUGCAUUAUUCUGUCAACAAGAAACCCCUGGUUCGUGUGUUUUUCUGCUGCCUAGAUAUAUGUGCAAUAUUGUGCAGAAGUGUCCGACGCACCUGUUGGACGGCGGAAACUUGCAGGAAGAGAGAGGCUGAGAUUAUUACCUUUAGAUCAAAAUGCAUCCAAAAAUAAGCUACUAAAUGCAAAAUAAAUGCAAAACUAACAUUUUUAUUUGUUGCUCUCCAAAUAUUCGAUCUUUUAUGGGAAUCAAAACAACAGAAAGGAUCAAAAGGAAUCUUGCAACACAUCUGCAAAUUAUUCUUUUUAAAAAAAAAUAAAUAAUUACAGACACCGACAUUAUCCCUUCAGUAACUGUUUUAAUUUUUUUUUAAUGUAUGAUAUAACUUCAAAUUUUACAAUUUUUUACUAAAACAAUUACAGCCUAAAAAUGUGAUUGUAAAGACUGCGGUAAAUCAAAAGGAGAACAAAAAGGAAAGUAAACUUCUGCACAGUGCUGUUAAUGUAUAUCUGUACAUAUAAUUUCUAUAUUUAUUCAAUGAACGUGUCCUAACGUGUCAACAAGUGAAAAACCUACAAAGUGGAACGUUGUUGAGAAUCUUGUUUUCAUAAUGUUUAAUAAAAAGUUCUGUCCCAAA